AUGGAGAAAAAAGCCCACCGAGUCUUGUCUGGGGGGUACCCCUGGAUCAGGUACAGGGCUUCUCAGGCCCCACGGCCGUCAUGCCGGGCAGUUGGAUCCCUUCCCACGACGUGGGACCUUUCGCCGCCGCAUCUCCCUGAAUCCCUCCCCGGUGGACAAGUGGGAGGAUCGUCUUGUUUCUUUUUUGCGCUGGACAUGCCAUGGUCCAUGGUCACCGCCGUUCCAAUCUUAGAUCCAAAUUUUUUUGCUUCCUCGACCCAGGCAAUGGUACGGUCCCGGUGGCCUGUCCCCCAGCUGGGUCUGGUCUGUGUCUGGGGUGGCCCUGGGCUUUGA